AUGGCGCCGUCGAGUGCUACCAUCACCAAUCUGCUGCGGCAGGUUGUCUACUAUCACCUCGACAACAAUUCAUACGAGAACGCCCUCUUCUUCGCCGAAAAGCUAAACGCCCAAGACCCCAGAUCUAGCGAGUCGGCCCAUCUUCUGGCCCUUUCCCAUUUCCGUCUUGGCGACAUUCGAUCGGCAUUCGAAAUUAGCCGGCCAGCAGCUACAAAGGGAUCCAACCUCGGCGCUCUGUGGGUAUACGCGCAGUCUUCUUUACGUCUCGAGCGGUACCGUGAGGGGAUAAGCAUAUUGGAGAAGACGAAAGAUCGAUGGUCGGGCAAAUCCAACUUGGGAAGGCACUCCGCCACGAAUCGAUCGCUUUCGCCCGACGAGCCGACUGUCCUCUGCCUGUUGGGCAAGCUGUACCACGCAUACGAUGACCACAAGCGAGCGAUCGAGUGUUUCGAGAACGCGCUCAAGCUCAACCCAUUCAUGUUCGAUGCUUUCCAGGCCCUCUGCAACAUGGGUGCUACUGUCAGAGUGCCCAAUAUGUUCAGAGUGACCGACUCGCUGAUCCACUCUUUCGACCACGAAUCGGCCCCUCCCACAGACCCAAGAGAGAUGCCAACGGCUAAUCCUCUUGACCUUGCCUCCAAGAAGUCGUCCGCGCGCAAUGUUCUCGAUACUUCCGACCCUUUUGAACUGCAACGCUCCUCGGCUCAUCAGGAAAUUCCCUCUAGCUUGACCGCAUCAUCCGCUGAAUCGGCGGAGAAUGGCUUCAUGUCCAGAAUCACUGCGGCCCGCACAAGGCUGGCCUCUGCAUCAGUGACAUCCGCGAACGGGGAUGGGAUGGAAACACCCCCCGCAUCGGCUUCGACGGCCGAUACUCAUAAUUCGCGCUCGAACUUUGCCGCCGAAGCGCCCCAGGCACCCGCGCGCAGGACACGCGCGACGCAAGCGGUUGACCCUGCUUUCGCCGCCGAACCGCCACCCAGGAUGGGCCCCAGGGCGGGAACGAAGAGGCCCGCCGGGAGUAGGAGCCAAGAGAAAGAGUCGGACCAGCACACCGAGGCACUGCCCGAUCAAAACGGAGGCAUGUGGCGACCGUCAGCUGCGGCGUCGCAGAGGAAGAGGACGGUCUCGGGCCACCCCGUGCAGGCGAGGCAACAAUCAGAAGAACCGGGCCCACAACGAAGGAGCGCGAGACUGAACAUGUUCAAGCCGUCCGUCACCAAGGCCAACUCGGGCGCCGCUACUAUCGGCACGACCGCGACGCGAGAGUUGAAGAAGGCCAGGCCACCCAUCUCACGGGCCUUCCGCCCCGGCUCCAGCGGCUCCAGCGUAGGGAGGGUUGUUAGCGGGAACCGCACCUCACGGUUGGAAGACAGCGGAAUGGAUGUCGAUCCAGCAGAAUCCACGCGCCCCAAGGAUCCUCCGAUGGUGCAGCAAACAUUCACGAAGAUGCCACCACCUCCCGAGUAUGAGAGCAUCAAGGUCGAAGAGGCUCUGCGGUGGAUCAUGGAGUUGCUCAAGAAGACAGCAUCGGGGUACUUGGCAUGUUCGCAGUACAGAUGUAAAGAAGCCGUGCAAGCCUUUAGCACCCUUCCCAGGAGCCAACAGGAUACGCCCUGGGUCUUAGCGCAAAUGGGGCGAGCAUACUACGAACAGGCAUUAUACUCGGAAGCCGAGAAGUUCUUCUGCAGGCUGCGAGCGGUUGCGCCGACGCGACUGGAAGACAUGGAGGUCUACUCGACGGUCCUCUGGCACCUGAAACGGGAAACGGACCUCUCAUUCCUCGCGCACGAGCUUGUCGACGCGGCAUGGACGUCGCCCCAGGCGUGGUGCACUCUGGGCAACGCGUGGUCUCUCGUUCGGGACCCAGACCAGGCACUCCGGUGCUUCAAACGCGCCACGCAGCUGAACCCCAAGUUUGCCUAUGCGUUCACCCUGCAAGGCCACGAGCACGUGGCGAACGAGGAAUACGAGAAGGCGCUGGCUGCGUACCGGCAAGCUAUUUCCGCGGACCGGCGCCACUACAACGCGUAUUACGGCAUGGGCAAAGUGCACGAGAAGCUUGGCAACUACGACAAGGCCCGGAUCCACUUCCAGGCGGCGUCGACCAUCAACCCCACGAACGCAGUCCUCAUCUGUUGCAUUGGCAACGUGUUGGAGAAACAAAAGCACCUCCACGCGGCCCUGCAGGCCUUCACCCGGGCGACCGAGUUGGCCCCACGAGCGGCGCAGACUCGGUACAAGAAGGCCCGAGCGCACCUCGCCAUCGGACAGCUCGAGGCCGCCCAGAAGGAACUGUUGAUUCUCAAAGACCUUGCCCCCGACGAGGCGAAUGUGCACUUCUUGCUGGGGAAGAUGUACAUCCAGACCGGCGAGAAGCAAUCGGCGGUGCGGCAUUUCACCAUUGCCCUGGCGUUGGAUCCCAAGGCAAGUCAGCAAGUUAAGGAAGCCAUUGAGAGCUUAGAGGACGACAUUGACAUGGACGAUUCUAUGAUGGACUGA